UAAAUCAGUCUUAACCCCGUAACAUGAACGCGUCAGUAGUCGAGGUGCAGUCUGACUAUUCCUGCAAUUCGUUCGAAAAUACCUAAUCUACUCCCAUAUUCGAAAAUGGGAAAACGAUUGCGGUUCAACCGCUUCAUCACUAAAUGGAUAAAGAGUGACCUUCCCCAAGACUGCUCUUCGGUACUGCUCCUCGGAGUCACCAGGAUACCCACUUCGCCAGUGCCGGCUCGUCGACCCUGUCCCAUCUCCCCAAAUCCUCCCCUCGACGCAAACUCGCCGAUUCUGCGCCGUUCCAGCGUCUCAAAACGACGCUCACUGGUGCGCAAAAAAUCUUCGAUAAAAAAGCGGGACCAAGAGGUUCCCCUGAGGCAGCCCUUGACCGCCAGGGUCGUAGAUAACGACACGCCAUGCGCUGCUGCGGUUUCGACGACCCCCACCCCUGGUAGCACUGCUGCCAACCCCCCAGAUGACAGAGCACCUGCCAUGAUGGAAAAAUCGGUGGACUCCAUUGGCUCUUGCUCGAUUGACAUGGAGGCAUCGGUCGAGACAGCAGAGUGGUCAGAACAAUCAUCGACAGGGACCCUCCUAAGUACCAGCAUUCUAUCGAGCACUCCAGAACCUCACCUGCCAUCUUACCUGAGCCUUGCCUGUACAGUAAACGGAUACUCAACAAUAACCAACUACGACCCUGUACGAUUGUCAAAAUCCAGAGAUGCUUCACCCCAACGUCCAGACACAAAAAAUCUGACGCAACCAUACACGGUGUUAAACAACCUCCUAUCGCCCCCUAACCUAGUACCCCUCCCUAACAGAUCGAAAUUGACAGGUUCAAACAUGACAGAUCAGGAGUUUUACAGUACUACCAACACCAUCGAGUCUUACUGCAGUAAAGAGGCCAGAUACUCCAGUAAGUUCAUAUCGAAGGAUGCCGUGGACGUGUGUUACGAAAAGACUCACAAUUCUAUGAACGGAAAGUACAUUAGUUCGUUUGACAGUAAGGUGAUGAAAACGGUGAUACAGAAACAGACUUACGAAACCACAGAAACCAUAAAGGCCCAAAGCCAGGAGACGAAAUCGUUCAUACAGCAGAGAGUGGAGAGGCUAUAUGGGCCUGGGGCCCUUGCUCAAGGAUUUUUCGUGAAAAAACGCCAAAUAAGCCGGGUCUCGGAAUCUGAUAGCGAUAGGAAAGAUGACAGCUCGAAUGGAAAGCAUUCUGUGUCUAUGUCCGAUAAGUUGCUGGGUGACACCACAGAUGACGCUGCCUGUAUGAAACAAAGUACGAGUUCGCCCGUACUGCCUGUUUUGAGACAUCUGAGACCAGAGUUUAGAGCUCAAUUACCAAUUAUAAAUACCAGGAAGAUUAGCGAGCCUGGCAUGCCUAAAAGCAAUACAGUUCCUGUCCUUAAAGACGAAGUUAACGGCCAUUCCAAGGAGAACGGGAAGACCAUAGAAGUUGAAGUCAUAGAGAUUCUUGAUGAUUCGGUUACCGAUCGAGAAGAGGUAAAAGAUGGUCACUAUUUUCUCAAAAUCCUCGAGCAAGAAGCGACCAGAUUGCUACGAAUGGCCGAGGAGUGUGAAUCUGAACUUGAGAAGAAUCCUGGCUUGUCGGAAGACGCAAUUGGCUAUAUCAGAUCGACCUCGGGAAAGGCCAAACUUCUUGUGUCGCAGAAGAUGCAACAAUUCAAAGGCUUGUGCACUAAUAACAUCACUCAAAACAAAUUUAAAUCGCAAUACCUACUACGUGCAGAGGCUAGGUACAAAAUUUCGGAGAAGAUAUUUCUGAAGAUUAUUAUCCCUUUUUUGUAUCCAUUGAAAUUCAUGAUUGAAGGAGAAGCUUUCCCAACGACAAAUGAAGAUCUUCAAGGAUUUUGGGAUAUGGUUAUGCUUCAAGUGAAACAAGUUGACGCGUUAUUUGAAGAUAUAGAUAAAAUGAAGAAGAAUAAUUGGCAAGAGAUUGAACCAGAAAAACAAAUUAGAUCUGCAAAGAAUGGUACAAAACCGAAAAAAAUAAUUAAUCGCGCUGUGAAAAGUAAAGCAAGUACUGAGGAAGCUCAGAAACAACGAAUGGAGAGAGAAGCCGAAAGAAAACGACUGAUAGAGGAGAGAAGAAAAGCUAUGAAAGCAAAGUGUAAGCAGCAGGAAAAUAUCGAAAUAUAUGUGGCUGAAACUAGCUGAGACUUGCAACUAGAGCAGAAGUAGGUUAGAAAUCAAAAUAUUGACAAAUUUUUUGUACAUUCUAUUUGAUAAUAUAAUCCUGACGAUGCUGUUUAUUAUUCGAUUUAGAUGUGUUAAAGUUGUAUUUAAUGAAUUCUACAUGAAACUCUUUGAAUUUGAGAGAUGUUACUAUGCAAUAAUGCUGUGAAGUGUAGUUAUGGCUUCAGUCCUGUAUUUAUUCUCAUCAAGACUGAGUUUUUUUUUUUUAAUAUUUAAUCUUUAUCACCUCAUUACCAACAACAAACCAAAUACUGAAACGAAUCGAAUCUACAUUCCCAGUGAUGCUUUGACUGGAUGGUUAUUUUAAUGGCUUUCAUACUUUUAUAUUAAUCGUUAUAUUUAAUUGAGAAUCUAUGUUAAUAUGGAAUUUGUUGGAAAAUUUUUAAAUAAGCACUUUUAUAUAGAAUUUUUAAAAUAUUGUAAGCAAAACCAAAACCUUUAUUUAUUUUUGCAGCUCAUUUACGAACGACGUUCUUGUAUCUCUAAAAUUUUAAUAAAGUAUUUUAUACAGACAAUACACAAUAUCUGAAACUUU